UCCUAGCCCAGUCACUAAUCGGGCCGUGAUAGUGGGCCAUUGCAGCUGAGUAAACACAAUCUGAAGCUCAGUUGAAGGGUGAACCUCACAAAAUUCCCAAAUCCGAAAAGUUCAAAGUUUUCGCGGGGUUUUUUUUUGGCUGAAUUCUGAGGAUCCAGCUUCUACAGAAUGUGUUUUACCGAAAAUUAUUCCUUUCGCGAUUCGGUUAUAUCAAUUCGCUCAAUCUCUUGGUAUUAUGUUUCUAAGCUACCAUUUGAUGCAAAUGUCUAACUUGAGUUGAGUGUUAUGUUUUCUUUGUCUAGAAAACAAUUUCAAACAUGAAUGGCAAUAGUAUCUCUUCCGAAGAAGAUGUUGUCUCAAAACUUAUUGAAAUGGGGUUUGAGAAUUCCAAUGCCGUAGAAGCUGUGAAAUUAGUUGGUCCAUCACUUGAUGAUGCAGUUGAAUAUAUAUUGAAUGGAUGUCGUAGAAACAGUCAUAGGGCAACAAGUAAUUCUACCAGUUUUGAGAACAAUGUGAAGGCUUUGGGGAAAAGAGACAUGUCUUCCACUUGUGUCUCAGGUCAGAAGCGACAGUCUAGCAUACUAGAACAUUUCCAGUCCACUAGUAGAAACAAGAGAAGUGCAACUGCAAUUGUGGAACAAAGCAAGCCACCUAUUUCAGAUGAUAGUUAUUGCAUCAAGACUGCUACAUCAGAAGCAUUUCCAGUUGAUUGCUCAGAUGAGAUGGGCAUUGGACCAGAUUGGGAACAUAAAGUGAACAGUCUAUUGCAAAAGCAUUUUGGUAAUUUUUCGUUAAAAGAAUUUCAGAAAGAAGCCUUGACUGCAUGGCAAGCUCAUGAAGACUGUCUUGUUCUUGCUGCAACAGGAUCUGGGAAAUCUUUGUGUUUUCAGAUUCCAGCAUUAUUGACUGGGAAGGUUGUGGUUGUAAUAUCACCAUUGAUAAGCUUGAUGCAUGAUCAGUGCUUAAAACUGGCAAAACAUGGGGUCUCUGCUUGCUUUCUUGGAUCUGGCCAGCCUGAUAGUUCUGUUGAAACUAAAGCUAUGAGAGGCAUGUAUAGCAUAGUAUAUAUUUGCCCUGAGACAGUUUUAAGACUGAUAAAACCACUUCAGACAUUAGCGGAAAAUCGUGGAAUUGCUUUAUUUGCUAUUGAUGAAGUACAUUGUGUUUCUAAGUGGGGUCAUGAUUUUCGGCCAGACUACAGGAGAUUGUCUGUCCUGCGAGAGAAGUUCAGUGCAAGCAACUUAAAGUUCCUAAAAUUCAGUAUACCACUGAUGGCAUUAACUGCUACUGCCACAAUACAGGUUCGAGAAGACAUUCUCAAGUCAUUGUCCAUGACAAAAGAAACAAAGGUUGUCCUUACCUCAUUUUUUCGGCCAAACCUGAGGUUUUCCGUAAAACAUAGUAGAACCUCUUCACCAUUAUCUUAUGAGAAAGAUUUCCAUGAGUUGAUUGAUCAAUAUGCAAGAAAGGGAAAACCUGGAGAAAAGAAACAAAUGAUAUUCCCACUAGAAUUUAGUGGUUCAUCUGUUAGCAUAUUGGAGGCAGAUGCAAUUUCUGACAAUGAUUUGACUGAUGUUGAGGAUAGUUAUUCUGAUAGAGAUGAUGAAACAUAUUCAACAGAGCAUAAUGAUGCAAAGGGAAAAGAAAUGUCAAUUGAGUACUUGGAAAACGAGGUGGAUGUUUUCCAGAGUGUGGAUGAUUGGGAUGUUGCUUGUGGUGAGUUCUCCGCAGAAGCUCCUCAUCUAGACUGUGACCUCAUUGGAGUAUCUGAGUCGGUUGAUCACCCAAGUAGACUGGACAAAAGGGAUCAACUUUUAAAAGAGAAUUUAGAACAAGGACCUACCAUCAUAUAUGUUCCCACUAGAAAAGAUACAUUGAAAAUUGCCAAGUAUCUAUGUGGACAUGGUGUGAAGGCUGCUGCUUAUAAUGCAGGGUUGCCGAAAAAACAUUUGAGGCAGGUCCACAAGGAAUUUCAAGAAAACACAAUAGAGGUUGUUGUAGCAACAAUUGCUUUUGGAAUGGGGAUUGACAAGUUAAUGGUCCGAAGGAUUAUCCACUAUGGUUGGCCACAGAGCCUGGAAGCAUACUAUCAAGAAGCUGGUCGUGCUGGAAGAGACGGAAAGUUAGCAGAUUGUAUAUUGAUUGCAAACUUAUCAAGAGUACCUUCACUUUUGCCUAGUAAGAGAACUGCUGAGCAGACAAGACAAGCAUACAAGAUGUUGUCUGAUUGUUUCAGGUAUGGAAUGAAUUCAUCAUGCUGUCGGGCUAAGAAGCUCGUGGAAUACUUUGGAGAGAAAUUCACUGAUGAGAAGUGUCUCAUGUGUGAUGUGUGCGUUAAUGGACCUCCCGAAGCACAGGAUUUGAGAGAGGAGGCAGACAUCUUGAUGCAGGUUAUUGCUGCCUAUAACGGACGUAGAACUUUUGAUGAGGCCUCAUACUUUGAUGAUGCAAGUACACAACAAAGAUUCAGGGGAAAGCCAGAUCUCAGGAUGUUUGUCAGUGAAAUUAGGUCACAGUCUCAAAAAUUCAUGGCUACUGAUCUGCUCUGGUGGCGAGGCCUUGCUCGAAUUAUGGAAAGUAAAGGGUUAAUCAGAGAGGGAGAUGACAAGAACCAUGUUCAGAUAACAAUGCCAGAGCCAACAGAACUUGGUCUUGAGUUUCUGCAAUACAAGGAGGACCAAACUUUUUGUGUUCACCCUGAAGCAGAUAUGCUUGUGUCCAUGAGGAAGACUGAAUCUUAUUCGAGUUUCUCAGACUGGGGAAAAGGGUGGGCUGACCCUGAGAUUCGCCGCCAACGUUUGGAGAGGAUGCAACACAAGACGAAGCAGAAAAAAACAAAGGGGUUAAGAGGGUCAAGAAAAAGGGGGAAAAGAAAUUCAAAUAAGCAUACUCCUGAUAUGACUACUGUUAGAGGUAGAAUAACAGCGAAAUUCACCAAAGCAAAUGGUAAGCCAUUUCGGUCUAGGUGAUUUAUUGAAAAUUUGUAACCAUGAACUGUAAAGAGUUGACCCCUCUCUUAUGAAGUUUUUGAAAGAGCAAGGUUAUUAAUGACAUUUGCUGUUAA